AUGUAUAACUCGUGGUUUGAAAUCAUUCGGUCCAUUUCGCCCUACAACUGGGCUAUGCUGGGCAUUGCAAUGGCCCUAUUCCUCUCCAUCAUUGGCGCAGCAUGGGGAAUAUUCGUAUGCGGGACGAGCAUUGUAGGAGCCUCAGUGAAGUCCCCACGUAUCAUUUCGAAAAAUUUGAUUUCCAUUAUAUUUUGUGAAGCACUAGGCAUGUAUGGAGUCAUCACCGCAGUUUUUCUUCAAAUUAAGUUUAGCGGACUCAACAAGGAAGUGCACGCCCCACUGGUGCUAACAACCAAGACGGAUGCACUUAUUAUGAACACUAUCAGAGGGGGAUGGGCCCUGUUUGCAAGUGGUCUAACGGCGGGUCUAUCCAACCUCGUUUCUGGCGUUUCCGUAGGAAUAACGGGCAGCUCAUGUGCCUUGGGAGAUGCACACAAUUCGGAUCUGUUCGUUCGAAUGCUGAUGAUUGAAAUAUGCGCUAGCGUUAUAGGGCUGUACGGAUUAAUCGUGGCAAUUGUGUCCAUCGGGGAUAUUCAACUGACUUAA